AUGUCUCAGUCUUACCACCCGAAUCCAUGGCUCUUCGGCCAACGACUUAGCCUCGUCAUGUCUCAGAUCAAUACACGGGUAGAAGCUGCAAUAGGCGUCAUCCGGCGGCAACUGGCCCCUGCACGCCCGCCUCCCUGGGAUCAGGCCAGCGAAACGAAACAAUCAAAGAUCCAGCAUGCGUGUUGGUGCAACGCCUUGAUUGGGAGCGUGCGGCAGGGCACCGCAUCUGGUGGAUCUCGAUCCGCUUUCAGCUUGUCUCGUUCGCAGGAUGUAGCACACUUGGCACGUCAUAAGCGCGCCAGCACAGCAAACCUGCAGCUACGAACAAUCCUCCAAGCUGAUUAUCUAUGCCCUAAAUAG